AUGUCUUCAGGGAUUGGAGAUCACGAGUUAGAAGGCAGUUAUAACGGUGGGGACCAGCUCGAUGAGCUAUCAGAUGAAGGGUCACAGGAAAGGGAGAAGAAGAGGAGACUGAACAUGGAACAAGUGAAGACAUCGACGAAGAACUUUGAGAUGGGGAACAAGCUUGAACCAGAGGGAAAUAUGCAGUUGGCUAGAGUUGAAGAGAACUUCGCCUGCAGUCGACCAGGCUUCCCCCCAUCCCUUCACAGCCUUACCACCAUGCUUUCCCCCAUCCCUUCACAGCCUCACCACCAAAGUAAAUAA